UUAGCUUCAACUAAUCAAAAUCCAAAUCAGCCGAUCAGCUUCCUCUUUCUUCCUCCUCUCAUCCUUCCGGUCGCCGCCGCCGCUGGUCCACCUCCCCUCCCCUCCCUCCCUUCUCCACCCAGAACCUUCCCCUGCAUCUCUCUCCCGUUUCUCUCCGGGUCACGCAUCGAUCGGUCUCCCGGCGCCGUACUGCCUCUCUUCCUCGCCGCGCUGCACCGAGCGCUGGGUCCGCCGAUUCGGCUGUGGCGCGGGUCAACCGCACCGACGCGGCGCCGCGCCUCGACGCCCGGAAGCUGCUCCUCUCCCCCCGCGCAACGCGCCGCGGACCUCGUGGCGGAGGCUCUGGUUAGUCGUCGUCGUUACCGGGGCUUCUCAUGUUGGACCCAAGAUCGGAAAUCUACCCCACCAUAGCGUAUCGUCCUAUCCAGCCUUCCGAUCUCGAGGUUCUUGAGAAUAUUCACCUCGCGCUGUUUCCCAUAAGAUACGAGAGAGAGUUCUUCUUGAACGUGGUCAACGGCAAUGGUAUUAUUUCUUGGGGUGCUGUGGAUACCAGCAGAUCAGAUGACCGCAGAGAUGAGCUGAUAGGCUUUGUAACCACGAGAAUAAUUGCAGCACAAGAUAGCGAGAUUGAGGACUUGUUUAGGUAUAACAGCUCACGCAAAGAUCUGACACUUCUGUAUAUCCUGACGCUCGGUGUAGUGGAGAGCUACAGAAACCUCGGCAUAGCAUCCUCACUGGUCCGAGAGGUGAUUAAAUAUGCUGCAAGUAUCUCAAAUUGCAGGGGUGUCUAUUUGCAUGUCAUCUCAUAUAACCAACCUGCUAUCAGCUUUUACAAUAAGAUGCUAUUUAAGCUUGUCAGACGACUUCCACAUUUCUAUUACAUAAGAGGGCAGCAUUAUGAUUCAUACUUGUUUGUGUACUAUGUCAAUGGGGGCCGUUCGCCUUGCUCACCACUGGAGGUCAUAACUUCAUUUGUUGUUGACUUCAGGGCUUUCCUGAAGAUGGUGGUUGCCAGGUUCUGGAACAAAGAGGAGAGAAGUACACCCAGAUGGUCCAGGUGCAAGGAAUCGACCACUCUCUUGGUAUCUCAGAAUAACAAGAGGAUCAUUGGUGGUGAUGAUACGAGAUGUCAUGUCUAACUUUAGGUGCAGCUGGGAUGUUGUUUUCUCUUGUUUUUGUGGAAACCUCAGUUUGUUUAAAAACCGUAGCUUGCUACGUUGUUGUAUCUGAUAAGUUAGCAAACCAGGUACAUAAUUUCUCGAUAGUCAUAGUCACAUUCAUUUGUAAAGAGAGGAAAACUGAAAGGAGAGAAAUAAAUGUCACCUGCUUCUUGUAACGUUUGAUAGCCUCAUUCAUUCAUGUAGUACUGUUUAGUUGAUCGUUAAACUGAUGUACCAAGUGGAUCUUUCUGUAUACCAUGCAAAGCACAUCAGUUCUACUGGUUUGCAGUGUUCAAUA